UAUAAAAUAUAUAUUUAUAUAAAAAUAUAUACCAUAUAGUGAAAGAUGCCGCUGCAGGUGCCAAUGUCUGGCAGGGAGCGCAGCAGCAGCAGCGGCACCACAACGACUACAACAACAAUUAGCCGCAACAGCAACAACAGCAACAUGAACAGCGAUCCCAAAUGCCGAGACGGGCUGCGCAAUUAUAUAUCAAGCAAGGAUUAUAUCAAGAGUCAGCGCCUGCAAGAGCAACAGCAGCAGCAACAUAAACAGCAACAAAAGCAACUGCAACAACAACAGCAGCAGCGGCAGCAGCAGCAGCAGCAGCAGCAGCAGCAACAACAACAACAGCAACAGCAAUAUCAAGAGGAUCGCUACAGUGCUGAGAUAAAGACACGCCGGCCAUAUACGGAUAAAGAAUGCCCAUUGAGCUUUGCGGCGAUGCGUCACGUGGAAUCGAUUAAGGCGUGGAAAUUCGAGCCACAGCCAUGGCGCAUUAGGGAGCGCAUGAAGACGGCCAGUGUGGCCCUGGUGCUGUGCCUCAACAUUGGCGUCGAUCCACCGGACGUGGUCAAAAUACAGCCCUGCUCACGGCUCGAGUGCUGGAUCGAUCCCAGUUCGGUGUCGGCACCAAAGGCCAUGGAGCUGAUCGGCAGCAAUUUGCAGAUGCAAUACGAACGCUGGCAGCCGCGGGCUCGCUACAAAAAGUGCCAUGACCCCACCGUGGAGGAUGUCAAGAAGCUGUGCACCUCGCUGCGGCGCAACGCCAAGGGUGAACGCAUCCUGUUCCACUACAAUGGCCAUGGCGUGCCCAAGCCGACCGCCAAUGGCGAGAUCUGGGUGUUCAACAAGACAUUCACCCAGUAUAUACCGCUUAGCAUCUUCGAGCUGAUCAACUGGAUGUCCGCUCCGUCGAUAUAUGUGUACGAUUGCUCCAAUGCCGGCAUCAUCAUCAACUCGUUUCAGCCGUUCGCCGAGCAGCACGAGCACGAGCUGGAGAAGGCCCUGGCCGCCGGCACUCAGUCGGCCUCCCAGCUGGUCAGCUACAAGAACUGCAUCCAUUUGGCCGCCUGUGCAGCCAAUGAGAUUCUGCCGAUGAAUGCCCAGCUGCCGGCGGAUCUGUUCACCAGUUGCCUGACCACGCCCAUUAAUAUCGCACUCAAAUGGUAUGCGAUGCAGGAGAAGCUGGGCAUGGUGCCGCGCAUCCAGAGCGACCUGAUCGACAAGAUACCGGGCAAGGUGAACGAUCGUCGCACCAUGAUGGGCGAACUCAACUGGAUAUUCACGGCGAUCACGGACACCAUUGCGUGGAACACGCUGCCGCGUGAGCUGUUCCAGCGCCUCUUCAGGCAGGAUCUGCUCGUGGCGAGCCUGUUCCGGAAUUUCCUGCUGGCCGAGCGCAUACUGCGCAGUCACGACUGUACGCCGGUCUCGCUGCCGGCCCUGCCGCCGUGCCAUCGUCACGCCAUGUGGAAGGCCUGGGACCUGGUCGUCGACUUGGCCCUGCAACAGCUGCCGGACAUACUCGAACAGCAGGCACCCUAUCGCCAGCUGCCCUUCUUCGAGCACCAGCUGACGGCGUUCCAGGUGUGGCUCGACAGCGAAUCGGAGUCACGCACGCCGCCCGAACAGCUGCCGAUUGUGCUGCAGGUGCUGCUGUCGCAGGUGCAUCGGCUGCGCGCCCUGGAGCUGCUGGCGCGCUUCCUCGACCUGGGCCCGUGGGCCGUGAAUCUGGCCCUGGGCGUCGGCAUCUUUCCGUAUGUCCUCAAAUUGCUGCAGAGCUCCACGCGCGAGCUGCGGCCGGUGCUGGUCUUCAUCUGGGCGAAGAUACUCGCCGUCGAUCCCAGCUGCCAGGUGGACCUGGUCAAGGAGUACAAGUACUUUCUCAGCGUGCUCCAGGACAACACCGUCAGCAAGCAGCAUCGCACACUCUCCGCCUUUGUGCUGGCCUCGAUCGUGCACAACUUCCUGCUGGGCCAGACGAGCGCGCUGCAGGGACCCCUGCUCUCCAUCUGCCUGGAACAGCUGAACGACAGCAGCUGGCUACUGCGCCAGUGGCUGGCCAUAUGCCUGGGCAUGCUCUGGCAGAACUUUGAGAAGGCGCGCUGGUCGGGCGCCCGCGAUCUGGCGCACGAGAAGCUCUCGGUGCUGCUGCGCGAUCCCAUACCGGAGGUGCGAGCCGCUGCCGUCUUUGCGCUGGGCACCUUCAUCAGCUCGGUGACGGAUCGCAGCGAGGGCCAGGCGAACAACAUCGAUCGGAUCAUAGCCAUCACCCUGGUGGAGACGGUGGGCGAGGAUAUGUCGCCGCUGGUGCGCCAGGAGCUGGCCGCGGCACUCCAAUGGAUGGUGCUGCUCUUCGAGUCGCAGUUCGUCACGGUCUUCACGGCGGAGCACAUGAACAGCCACAGCUCGGCGCUGGUCUCGUGCGGCGGCGAGCGCAGCGCCAGCAUCACGCACGGCAUGCCCAAUGCGCCCUCGGGCAACUAUGGCCAGUACACGCACAGUCUGGAGCGGCACUCGCAUGUGACCAUACGACGCGGCGCCAGCUCCAGCUCCAUCUCGAACAUGGUCAGCUCCGGUUCGAUGUCUGGCAAUUCGUCUGGCAGCGCCGGCGGCACCGGCUGCGUCGCUGGCAACUGCAGCAGCAACGCUGGCACCUCGGCGACCACCAAUGCGAUACCCUUCCAGUACAUCUUCACCAAGCUCUGGCAGGGCAUCUACAACCUGAGCCAGGAUCCCUUUCCGGCGGUCGCCGAGACGGCCCAGAAGAUCGUGGCGCAUGUGAGCGAGGCAGCGCGCUGCUUGAUCACGGCCAAGGAGGCGACGAAUUACACUGCUGCUGCCGGCAUUGGCAGCUCUGCGGCCGGACGGGAUCAGCAGAAGCUGAACAGCAGCCUCCUGAGCGUCAGCCUGCCGCCGAGUCCGAAUACGCGCUGCAAUUAUCUCGGAGCGAGUGGCGAGUCGCCGCCGGUGGGCGGGGGAGCGCCAACAGUGACCGUGUCCGCAGCAGCAGCAGCAGCAGCGGCGGCACAAGCCGGAGGCGGAGGCGGAGGCGGCACUUCGUCCGGCAACAAUCGCUGGUCACAGAAGCAGCGGCUCUCCGGCAGCAAUGAGGCGCAGCAGCGCAAGCUGCGCACCACCUCAAUGAACGACGAGACGGACAGCGGCAACGUGACGAGCUCCGCGGGCGCCACCGGCACCGGCACCGGCAGCUCCGCCGUGCUCGGCCUGAUUGCGAACGCGAGCGCGAGUGCGGCCGAUGGCAACAACUCGGCGAGGAGCAGCGGCAGCGAGACGAAUCAUUAUGCGGAGGGGAACAGCGCCAAGGUGCAGGUGCUGCAGCCGAUAGUGACCACGCCGUUCAUACCGUGGGCCAUAUCGUACUUUACACGUCCGGGCAAGCUGCGCUACAGCAGCGCCGAGGGCAGCACCGAGGAGGAGGAGGGUCAGCAGCGCUGGCCGGUCGAUCGCAAUUCCGCGGAGCUGCGGACGCGCGAGUAUCGCUAUCAGCGCAACGAACAGAUCCGGCGGACGGCACGCCGCGAGCAGCAGGACCAGUGCGUCCGGCGCCUGGACGCGUUCAGCUUCGUCCGCAAGACGCAGUGCACGCCGUCGAUAGUGAAGCUGCUGCCGUACGAGCAGCAGAUUGCCGUCGCCUACAAGGAGAAGGUGCUGGUCUAUGACUUUGUGCGCAAUCUGGUCCACAGCUACGUGACGGAAGCGCUGUCGGACUCGGGCCACGGCAGCUCUGUGGGCAGCAGCAGCAGCAGCAGCAAUGGCAGCAGCAGCGCCGGCGGCAGCGGCGGCGGCGGUGGUGGCAGCAGCGCGGCAAUAUUCGCGCGAGUGAGCAGCUUUGAGCUGCUGAACGCCCAGGAUGUCGGCCUGAUGCUGGUCGCCCACGACGAUGGCGUCAUACGCGUCUGGCAGUCGUCGGGCGAGUCGCCACGAUUGGUUAGCGCCUGGGAUGCAUUCCCGCGCACCGCCUAUCACAACGGCGGCGGCGGCGGCGGCGGCAGCGCCGGUGGUGCUGCUGGUGGUGCUGCCGGCGCCGGUAACGGCAGCUGCGGCAGCGGCAGCGGCGGCCGCAGAUCCACGGACGUGGUGACGGCCUGGCAGCAGCACAGCCAGCACCUGGUCGUCGGGUGCGAGGCCUAUCGCUAUCUGCGCAUCUGGGACGUGGAGCGGGAGCUGCGGCUCAGCGAUCUCCAGCUGGGCUCCCGCGAGACCAGCGUGCGCGUCCUCUCGCCAUUUGUGGCCAACAAGCCGUGGGAUUUGAUUGUGGCCGGCUGUGCGGACGGCAGCGUGCGGCUGUUCGACAAGCGCUGUCCGCCGCAGGAGGCGCGGAUUCGUGUCUAUCGGGAGCACACGGCGCCCAUACUGCAUGCCUGCCUGCGCUCGAAUGACACCUCGUUCGUGACGGGCUGCACGGCGGGCAAGGUGAACGUGCUGGAUCUGCGGGCGAAUAGCGCCUCCGGCGUACUGCAUCAGUGGGAGGCGGGCGGCGAUAUUACGGCCAUGGCCAGCCAUCAGGUGGCGGAUGCCAUCGCCUGCGGCAACGCCUCCAAGAUCUGCAUCUACUCGCUCAACGGACGCACCCAGAGCGUACUGCGCAGCAACGAGGGCUUCAUGGGCUCCAAAAUUGGACACCCCACAUGCCUGUCAUUUCAUCCGUAUAAGGUUCAGCUGGCGGUGGGCUUUGUGGACAACACGGUAGCUGUCUACAGCCCUACACCAGUUUUAUAAACUCUGCAGCCGCUGGAAAACGGACGUCGAUAAGAAUCCUGAAACAAUGUUUUAUGCACGUAGCUUCAACGCGG